UUCUAUUAGGUAAAGUAUAAGCAAAUGUAAUGAUUAUUCUGUUAGGUAAAGUAUAAGCAAAUGUAAUGAUUAAGUUAUAAAUAGAUCAGGAAAUCACAGGAGUAAUUCUUUAGUUUUCAUGUACAGGUAUACCCCGCUCAUACAGCGGGUUAGGGACCGGAGCCCCGCUGUAAAGUGGAAACCGCCUUAAAGUGAAACAAGGCAGUUUAAGCUUUCUUUUCACUUGCCAGUGUGUUUAAAACCUUGAAAACAUGUUUGAACUAACAUAUAUUAGGGGUGCAAUAGUACUAAGUUUAGUUUAACACUAACACAGCAUAGUAUUCAAAUAGUAUUCAAUAAACUGUACUGUACCUGUAAAAUAGUGACAAUUACUGUAGUAAAAUUUUCCAGACUAUAGCACUGUGACACUGUAAUGCUGUAAACAGAGUGAACUGCGUAUAACAAAAUAGUGCCAGUCACUUUUCUCACAAUCUCACAAAGAUUACAGCACUGUUUCAAAAUCCUUGGAGGUUGAACUUCAGCUCCACAAAGCGCUGUAUUAGCGAAGCGCUGUAAAGUGAAGCGCUGUAAAGUGAGGUAUACCUGUAUUAUCUACUGUUUUAAAUUAACAAUAUUGAACUAUUUAAAGCUCCACUCUACACAACAAAAAUGUGACAUCCACAACCUCCAUGGGGAAGUUCUCUUUAAACAAGAAGAAGGAGCCAGCAAUCAUUAAAGAUCUACACAUUGCUAUACAAUGGGUUGUCAAGAAUGAGGCACUGUUCUGUGGGCGCAUAACCAUGCCAAGUUAUGUGUCAAUGGAUGAAGAUGACCGCCAGAAGCCCAUAGAUAACGUGAUGCAAAGAGAAGAACCAGAAGCAAGGGAGCCAUUCCUCUUUGUAUUUCAGCACAGAGAAGAUAUGGAGUUGUUUUUGCAGGCAUGUCUUGACCAACAGGGCCUCCAAGUUAAUGCCAUGUUCAACAAAUGACUGAUGGACAAGGGGUGGUGGUGUGUUUCUGUUUAAAUUAUUGAUAAUAAUAAAAAAAUAAGAUAAUUAACACCA